AUGACAUAUCAGUUACAUGUUUAUAGCCGCUAUGUGUUUAUCAUUGUCACCAUUGUUGGUGGAGUUUUCAGAAGAAAGAAAAUGAGACAUAUCAUGUUGCAAAUAGAAACUUGUAUUCGAAAUAUGGUUAUUAUUGUGAUUGAUCAUCGAUGGUUAAUAUUAUUUGAGGAUAGACACAUGAGAACAUUAAUUUUCCUUUACGUCGAAUAUUAUCCUUUUUUCGUAUGGUUAAUAGCCGAUAUUACUUUUACAUUCUGGAUCUGGUAUAUAAAGACAAAAUUUAGUCAACUAAAUGAACUACUAAAAAAUAUGCUUACAACGACUAUUGAUUCGCCUCAACAUAAAAGAAUUCUUCGAAUGUGGAAUAACAAGAAGGACGAUUCUUCGUCAUAUAAUAUUCACCGAACGGAGAUACAUUUGGAAUUAAUCAAAUGUGCUAAAAAUACAAACGAUGCGUAUGGUUUACAUAUUUUAAUAUCCGUUACAAUAACUUUUAUUUUUAUCACAACUUUGGGUUACGAUCUAUACUAUUUCUUAAUGACUGAGGAUUACUUUGUGCAUCAUCGAAGAUUCUUCAUUUUUUUAAAUUGGAUUUUUUAUUUUGGGUUUAGAAUCAUCAUAAUUAGUCAUUUAUGCGCAAGAACUAUAACAGAGAUUCGUGGCUUUAUUCUACAACUUAUCCAAAAUCCAUUGACAUUUACAUCUUAUGGCUUUUUUGAUCUUGAUCAUACAUUGAUACGUAAUAUAACCGGUACCGUCAUAACUUACCUCGUUAUUCUUAUUCAAGUUGGAAAGGUUUCAUCGAACGAUCGCACCAAAGAAAAUGAUGAUUCUUAUCUCUUCAAAUAUGAAUGUAAAUUAAGUGCAACAUCUAAUACAAAUAUAAUAAGGUAUACUGCAAAGGAUAAGAUAUGA